AUGAAUGACGAUAGUCAUGAUUAUUAUUUACUCGUUCAAAACGGUACGAAGUUAGGACUUACAAAAAAAUUAGCUACAAAAGAAAAUGUUCAUGUAUUAAGUGAUGAUAUUGAUAUGUUCGACAACAGCUUUGGUAUUUAUGAAGUCAGCGAUGAAAAACCAAUUGCUAGUGCAAAGUUACUUUGCCAAGGUUACGAUGGAUUUAUGGAGAAGCUCAUGAAAUUGGCUCAUCAAUUUUUAAUAUUAAAACAGGUACAAUUCGUUUAUUAG